AUGGCGGGGCCCUCCCUCGGCAGGACCCCCACGCUGCUCCUGGGCCUCCUGGUGCUGCUGGAGGUAGGCCUGGCGGGCUCCCUCACCCCUGCCCGGAACCUGCCUGAGGCUCACAGGGACUCGAGCGCUGCCCUAUGGACACAGGCCGGCCAUCACCGCCGGCGGGGCUCGGGCAAGAAGGAGCGGGGCCCCAGCGUGCCCGGCCGGGCCCAGGAUGGAGUUGUGGUCACCACAGGGCAGGCCUCCAGGCUCCCUGGGGGGCAGCUGCCUGGACAGACUCCUGCUAGCCUGCUGCUGGGACUGGCAUUGCCCUACCCCGAGAAGGAGCCCCAGCCUGCAGGAUGGGAGAGGAUGAAGAAACGUGGCAGGGAGCACAAGAGACGCAGAGACAGGCUGAAACCGCACCGAGGCCGAGCGCUGGUCCGAGGCCCCAGCUCCCUGAUGAAGAAGGCGGCGCCGUCUGAAGACCAGAUCCUGGAGGCGGCCAUGGAGGAGUCCUCCACUAGCCUGGCCCCCACCAUGCUCUUCCUAAGCACGCUGGAGGCCACGCCUGCCACGGAAGAGUCCCCGAUCCUGCCGGUCACCUCCCUGCGGCCCCAGCAGGCCCAGCCCAGGCCCGAUGGGGAGGUGAUGCCCACCCUGGACAUGGCCUUGUUCGACUGGACCGAUUACGAAGACUUAAAACCCGAGGUCUGGCCCUCUGCCAAGAAGAAAGACAAACAGUGGGGCCACCUCUCCAGUGACGGCAACGAGACAUCGCCAGCCGAAGGGGACCCGUGUGACCACCACCAGGACUGCCUGCCAGGGGCCUGCUGCGACCUGCGGGGACACCUGUGCACGCCCCACAACCGGGGCCUCAACAACAAGUGCUUCGACGACUGCAUGUGCAUGGAAGGGCUGCGCUGCUAUGCCAGAUUCCACCGAAACCGCAGGGUCACGAGGAGGAAGGGGCGCUGCGUGGAGCCCGAGUCGGCCGAUGGUGACCAGGGGUCCUUCAUCAAUGUCUAG